AUGAAAGAAGUUUUUCGGUUUGGGAAGAAGGGGAAGUUAAGUCCAAGAUACGUAGGACCCUAUGAGAUACUAGAAAGAGUAGAAGCAGUCGCUCAUAGACUGGAUCUUCCAGCUGAAUUCCAAGGAAUUCACAACGUCUUCCACGUAUCUUUCCUCAAGAAGAGGUUUGAGAAACAUAUACCAACAAUUGUAGAUACGAGGGACAUUUCACUCCAACCCGACCAAACUUAUGAAGAAAUUCCUAUUCAAAUCAUAAAUUGGAAGGAUAAGGAAUUUCGGAAUCGGAAAAUUCCCCUGGUUAAGGUUUGUGGCGGAGUCACGAUGUCGAAGAAGCUAUUUGGGAGAAGGAAGUCGAUAUGA